UCACGUUAUCUUUCUCUAGCAUGUGGUGGACCGUGCAAAAACCUUACACACACACACACACACACACACACACACACACACACAAUACACACCCAUGACACUUAUACAGACAAUAUGCUACGGAUGAAGACCGAACCUGGGAAUGAAGAACAAACAAGAAUUAUGUUUAUUGCCUGUUUUAGUUGUGGCCUGUCUGGUGUCCAUAAUGGGUGGUUCACCUCUCUCUAGCCCUAUUCUGAUUGGUCCAGACAAGGCCUACCUGAACUCCAAGGUAGUGUUCCAAUGUAGGUCACCUGGGUCUCCUCCACCAAUCACAUACGAGCUCCUGAAGGACGGCAACCACCUGGUCGCCACGAGCAACGACCUCCAAGACGACCAAUCGGCCACGUUCUCCCUGAAGAUCUCUGUGACGUCAGAAGGAUCGUACCACUGCAGGGUGACGGCAGGGGGAAACACGGGCCUCAGUGGAACGGUCCUCCUGCAAGUAGUGAUCCCCGUCUCAGGCACCAUGGUGACCUCUGACCCUAAUCCCCCCAUUCUCUAUGAGGGGUCACGGCUCGUCCUCAGCUGUGAUGUCACCAGGGGCUCCCACCUCUCCUACACCUGGUUCUACAACAGACAGGAAGUGACAUCAUCUCCAACCUCACCUUUGACCCCGCUUCUGCUCUGGCCGGUGGGUAACACGCUGGUGGUGGAGAGGGUCACAGCAAAGCAUGCUGGGAAUUAUUCGUGCAUGGCCGGGACCAGGAUAAAGGCCAACAGCAGGUUCUCCAGCAGCGGAGAGGUCACAGUCAGGGUCAAAGCCUACCUCUCCGUACCCCAAAUAUCCUUCACCAUCUCCAAAGAGGGUUCGAGUUACCGCGGCAAUGUGACCUGCAGGUCAUCAAGGGGAACCCCUCCCGUGACCUUCUACUUCUUCCUUGAUGACAAGGAGAUGGGUUCCGACGUGGCAAUGGAGUCGCUGGUUGCCUGGUUCCCCGUUGCCAUCGUUCCCGGGCGUGACAUGGGCAUGGUGCAGUGUAGAGUGGAGAGUGAUGCACAGAGACUGACCAGCAAACCUCUGACUCUGGAAGUGGUCCCAGUAGGAGGCUCACCGAAGGUGGAUGUGGAGUACCUCUACAGGGCUGAUUCCAAGAUGGCCGCUGCUCGUCUCCAAUGCCUCCUGAGCCUCGGGACCUUCCCCUUCUUCUCCUGGUCCCUCAACGGCUCCAUCCUCCUUCACCCCUCCGAGGGAGUCUCCUCUCACCCCUCUCACGCCCUGGCAGACGAAGGGCGCACCCUCCUCCUCACCGAGAUCACCCUAGAGGACACUGGGUAUUAUCGGUGCAGGGCGAGGAACAGUUAUGACGUAACGUCCGCCUGGGUGGAAAGCGAACCUGUUCUUGUGCAGGUCACAGAUGUUUCCAUGACAACCAUAGAGGUCAUCGCCAUAGUGUUUUGCUGUUUCCUCAUGCUGACCCUGGCCGGGGGCGUGGCCUGUGUGAUGAGGAUGCUCGACCGCCAACGAGGCAUUGUUGCAAGCAGCGAGCAGAGAGGGAGAGAGAGAGCGGCAAAUGAAAGACGAUUCAGCGAACAUUUCUGCAUCAUCCCAGAUCCACUUCCACUGACUGACAUCACUACCAGACCCUUGAGAUCACAAUAUAACUGACGUGAUGAAAUAAAACCCAACUUUAGACCGACCAGUUCCUCACAAAAUAAUCCUUCAAUGUAAUUUUAUCCAACAAACUAUUAAAGUUUUUUUCAAUAAUUUCA